UUAAAAAUAUAUUACCAAUUUGAAAUCUCCCAUCGGAGAUGCUCUAAUGUAACCUAACCAGUAGAUUAGAGUAUUUCUCUUCUUGGAUCUGGACAGAUUCUUUUUUCUUUUUGCUUUGGAAUUAGUUUCUUAUAGCUAGGCGAGGCAAGCCAACUGGAAUUGGAAGCGCUGCUGCUGAUAACUGUCCUUGCUACAUUCUUCUGUUGCUGUAUGUACAUAUUGUAGCGAGUACUGGGUUUUGGAUCGCUUACCUUUUCUUUGGGUUUUAUUACAAGGCAGUCUGUUCUUCCUGCUAGGCUCAGACCACUCUAAAUAAGGUAUCUUUCAGUUUCAUCACGGAAAUAUUUGAUUUUUGUUUUCUGGGAUUAUUCUUUUUCUUUGUAGUUUUCCUCUAUUGCUGCAAAAUAUUCAGACUUUGGAGGAUUUCGUGGAAAAUGGGCAAUGAUGUUAUGAGAGGAAAAUUCGUAGGGUUGUGAUUUUUGGUGGUAAAGUACAGAUUUUUGUUUUCCAGGUAUUCAUAAAUGCCCAGGCUUAUCUUUCUUGAGCUGUAAUUAGCUGGAAAUCACCGAGUUUGUAAAAGAGAUUCUUAAGGGGCCUAGUAGACAGCAGAUACGCUGAAGGAUUCUAUCUGAUCUGUUGGUAAACUUCUGUUUUCGGAAAGGGGAAUCCAUUAUUUGGAUUUACAUUUAUAUGGAAAGUGCUCCAUUCUCUUUUGGUUUGUUGUGUCAAUGAAAUCUUAGCUUGUGCUUUAGAUAUUGCACAUUAUUCAGAGGAAGAAAACAAAAUGAAUAAAGGGGGGCUAUAGAUAUCUCAUAGUUUAUGCUUUUCAAGAAUUUGCUGGAAUCCAUAGUUUCAGAGAGUUUGGUGGGAGAUAGAGGCUUGUAAUCUUGCAAUUUUGUGGUUUAGAUAAUACAAAGUGGUAGGGUUGGACCGUGUUAGUUUAGGAGAAGAAGAAGAAAUGGCUGCAAAACUUUUACAUUCCUUAGCAGAUGAUAAUCCAGAUUUGCAAAAGCAGAUAGGGUGCAUGACUGGGAUUUUUCAAAUAUUUGAUCGUCACCAGGUCCUCACCGGUAGGCGCCUCAACACGAAGAUGCUUCCUCCAGGUGAUUUCCACUACAAAAAUGGCAGAUCAGAAAGGGAGAACACAGCAGUUGACAGUCAUUUAAACAGGAGUUUGAUUGAGAAGCAAAGAAUUUCUACAGAAUCAUCAAGAGCAUCUUUCUCAUCUUCUUGCUCAUCUUCCUUGUCGUCUCUGGACUGCAAUAAAACUGCUCAACCAGAAGCAUCUUCCUUUGACAGAAUAAUUUUCCCUGAAACUCAUUCAAGGGACCCUGUUAUAACUCAGCCAAAUACCUCUGCACAUUCAGGGCGGCAAUCUUUUGAUCUUCGAGAUGUUGUCAAGGAUUCUAUGUAUAGAGAGGCCAGAGGGCUAUCAGUCAAAACUACAGCAAAAGAAGAAGCAAUGAGCCAUAUAGUGAAGCAUAAAGAUUCCCCAAGGCCAUCACAGGCCUCCAGAUAUGCUGAUGGAUCUUAUGGAGUUGGGAAAACAGGAAAGCAAAAUGCUUCUCCUGUUGAUCUCAAGGAGUCUCUUGGAGUUCUUGCUAAACUUCGUGAAGCACCAUGGUAUAAUAAUGAAACUAAAGAGCGUCCAAGAUCAUUGUAUGAAGCAAAAGAUGGAUCUUGGCAUACAAUUCGAAAAGAUGCUCCACGGUUUUCUUGUGAUGGACAGGAGAUCAAUCAUUUGUCUUUUGAAUCACGAGAUACCAUUAAGUCCACCCCAAAGCUAACAGAGCUCCCAAGACUUUCACUGGAUAGUAGAGUAAUUUCAAUGCGUGGAUCCAACACUGAUUCAAGAUCAAAUUACCUUUCAAAAGAUAUUCAAAGUAGCAGCAACUCGAAUGAAGAGAUCUUUAAUCUACAGCAAUCAUGUGAAACUCAGAAACGUCCUCCUAGCGUGGUAGCCAAGCUGAUGGGCUUGGAAGAAUUGCCAGAUUCUGCUUACAACAGCUAUAGUCAGCCGGGUUUGAUCCAGAACUUGCCCGUGGAACAUGAUAAUUCCUUCUCAAGAUCAUUGAAAAUAAAUGAUCUAAACAGACCAAUACGAAUUCCGAAGUCCCCCAGAAACUCAAUAAAAGAUCCUGUAUCACCACGGUGGAAAAAUCCUGAUUUGGUCAUGAAACCCAUUUCAAGGCAGCCAAUUGAACCAGCACCAUGGAAGCAGCUGAAUGGAAGUCGAAGUUCUCAGGAACAACCUUUCAAGCCCGCAAAACUUUCUGGGAAGACAUCAAAUUCAAUCACUUCAGUUUUCUGUGAUAUUGAGAUGAGAUUGAAGGAUCUUGAGUUCAAUCAAUCUGGAAAGGAUCUCAGAGCUCUUAAACAGAUUCUGGAAGCAAUGCAGGCUAAGGGGCUCUUGGAGACUAGUAAAGAAGAGCAGGCUUCGAAUUUUGUACCCCAAAGAGUUCAGGAACCAAAAUGUAGCAGUCCUGGUCAAAAGCCAAGGUUGCUAAACCAACAGAACAAUCAUGUUGGUGUUCCCACAAAUAAAAGUUCUGAUACUUUGAGGUCUUGUGAAUCCCCAAUCGUGAUCAUGAAACCUGCCAAACUAGUUGAGAAAUCUGGUAUUCCUGCUUCCUCAGUAAUUACAACAGCUGGGCUUCAUAAAAUUCCAACCAGUGGAUAUGCAGACAGUAAGAAGGGAUCCAUUAAUAGCCGAACAACUAAAGAUCAAUCUCCAAGAAACAGCAAGAGAGAUUCUUCUGCCAGCUCCAGUGAUAAGAGAACUGCUGUCAAGAAUACAAAAUCAACUCAAUCCUCAACAAGAUCCCAACAAGGGCCAAAAGAAAGCUACACGGAUUCCGUAAAGAGUUCAGGAUCUGUGAGCCUGAGACUCCAACAGAAGAAACUUGACCUAGAGAAGCUAUCUUGUCCACCUACCCCUCCAUCUGAUACUGGCAAACCAAGAAGACAAUCCAACAGGCAGCCAACAGAAAUAGGUUCCCCUGGUGGAAAACACAGGGUAAAAUAUCCCAAAUUUGCAGAGAGUGAUGACCAAUUUAGUCAGAUAAGUGAUGAAUCAAGAACCUCGAGUCACCAAGGAGAUGACACAUCUUUGCAAUCUGAUGGUACUGUUUUUGACUUAAAGAAGGGUAUUGAAGUCACCAGCACCCAACUAUUUACUGAGAACUAUGGUGACCUGAGUCCUACCCUAAAUGCUACCAGAAGCUUAGUUUCUGGCUCACUACAGAAAAAAUCAACAUCGAUGUUUGAAGAAGACAGGACAUCACGGGAACUUCUUGUUGCACCAGAGCAUCCUAGUCCUGUCUCUGUACUUGAUGCAUUGGUAUAUAGAGAUGAUGCAUUAUCUCCUGUAAAGCAGAUACCAAAUAUGCUCAAAGGGGAAGGCGCUAAAGAUUCCCAUGACCAACAGAGUGAAGAUCAGUGGAACCUUGCAGAUAACUUGUCUAACAGCGUGACCUCUGUCCUCUCUAUAGAGAUCAAUCCCAGGAAAUUACAAAACAUUGAAAAUUUGGUACAAAAGCUUAGACGAUUAAACUCCACUCACAAUGAAGCGAGCACAGAUUACAUAGCAUCGCUUUGUGAGAACCCAAAUCCAGACCACAGAUACAUUUCAGAGAUUUUGUUAGCUUCUGGUCUUCUACUCAGAGACGUUGGCUCUGGCCUGACAACAUUUCAACUCCACCCAUCAGGUUACCCCAUUAACCCAGAGUUAUUCAUGGUAUUGGAGCAAACCAAGGCCAGCAAUUCAGUUUCAAAAGAAGAAUGUAGACCUGGAAAGUCUUUCCAUUCAAAACCAAACCUGGAGAAGUUUCAUAGGAAGCUCAUAUUUGAUGCUGUUAAUGAAAUUCUUGUCAAAAAGUUGGCUUCAGUGGGGCCCUCUCCUGAGCCUUGGUUGAAGUCUGAUAAGCUGGCAAAGAAGGCGCUCAGUGCUCAAAAGCUUCUGAAAGAAUUAUGUUCGGAUAUGGAACAACUUCAAAUCAAGAAAUCAGAAUGCAGCUUAGAGGAUGAGGAGGAUGGUUUGAAAAGCUUUUUAUGGGAUGAUGUGAUGCAUCGGUCAGAGAGCUGGAUAGAUUUUCACAGUGAGAUUUCUGGCAUAGUGUUAGAUGUUGAGCGUUUGGUCUUCAAGGACUUAGUUAAUGAGAUUGUGAUUAGUGAGGCAGCUGGUUUACGCACCAAACCACGUAGGUGUCGGCAGCUGUUUGGGAAGUAGCUUGCUAUCUGCAAAAUAGCAUCUUCUAAUUAUUAUUCUUGCUUUUCUUUUUGUUCGUUAUUCUUUUGUCUUCUCUUUUCCCUUUGCCAGUUUAUCUUGUUUCCUGUUGUUUAAAGCAAAUAAUUUGUGGCUAAGCACUGGAAUUAUAUGCUGGAUUGUAUAGAAAUUGACCUUUUAGAUCAUGACACCACAUAUUGAUAAAGAAGGAAUGCAUGCAACUUCUUUGUUUGUGCUUU